AUGAAGGUCGAGAACCCAUCACCCGGCCAUUCUCUCGUGGCCCAAGUUUUGGCCCUGUUGAAGGCAAAUCUGCUGCUUCUAGCAGUUCUUUCCCUGGUCAUUCGAUCCCUCUAUAAGCGUUACGCAUCUCCUCUGCGCAAUGUGCCUGGGCCGUGGCUGGCUUCGUGUUCGAGGCUUUGGAAAGUGUGGAGUACAUACAAUGGACACACCGAGUUGGACCAUAUAGCUUUGCACAAGAAAUACGGACCCGUGGUUCGCACGGCCCCCAAUGAGGUAUCCUUCGGCACUUGCAAUGCGGCCAAAGACAUUUUUGCCGUGGGCAAAGGUUUCCAUAAGACCAUGUUUUACAGCGUCUUUCCGCCAAAGCAUGCACCGGAUAUCUUUACAGAAGUUCGCGAAUGGAAGCAUGCGCAGAUGAAACGCUAUGCCGUCACUCCCUACAGCCUUGCGCAGAUGCAGAAGCGAUCAGGGCCGAUCGAGGACAUGAUCAAGCUUUUGAUGGAGCAUCUGGAGAAGUAUGCCACCGAGAACAAACGGGUUUGCAACCUGGGAAACCUAUUGCACUACUUUGCUUUCGAUGUACUUGGAGAAGUGGCCUUUUCACGACAAUUUGGUUUCUUGGAACAAGAAGUCGACAUUGAGGGCUCAAUCAAGAACAUCGACGACGUCCAAUGGUACGACGGGAUCGUGGGCCACAUUGCAGAAUACGACAUCCUCCUUCGAAAUAACCCAAUCCGGCCCUACCUAGGCUUACAAAUGAAGCCAACGACGAUGACGAAAAUUGCCGUCGCCGAGCUCGAAAAGCGGAAACAAAAGGACGGAACCUUCGAUUCAACAGGUAUCGAUCUGUUGGCCGAGUUAUUGCGAGCACAUGAGGCAAACCCUGAGAAGUUUUCGGUGAAUGACGUGUUUAGUAUCGCUCAUGGCGCUGUAUUUGCGGGAUCCGACUCCACGGCGUCGACAAUGCAAUCGUUCUUCUACUUGGUGCUUAACGCUCCCAAGGUCUACGCCAACCUCUGCCAGGAAAUCGACGAGGCUCAAAAGGCUGGGAAACUGUCUGAAAUCGUCACCUACGCGGAAGCACUGGCUCUGCCUUACUUCCAGGCGUGCUUGAAGGAAGCCAUGCGAGUCCGACCGGCCGUCGGAUUGGGAAUAUACCGCAAAACUCCGCCGGAAGGAGUCGAAAUCGACGGCAAGUUUUACCCGGGUGGGAUCGAGGUUGCCGUCAAUGGAUGGGUUCUACAUCGCGAUGCCUCGAUAUUCGGGGACGACUGCGACGAAUUUCGACCAGAGAGAUGGUUUGAGCGUGAUGCUAAAUUGAUGGGUUCGCAUUUAUAUCAGUUCGGAGGCGGCAGCCACCUCUGUAUUGGUCGUAAUCUCGCGCUGUUUGAGAUGAAUAAGACCCUCAUCCAGAUCCUGAGGGAGUACGAUGUCACCCUUGUGCAUCCUGGACGGCCGUUGGCGUAUCAUUCCACCUUUUUCGUCGUUCAGGAGGGACUGGAGGUGUAUUUGCGCAAGAGGAGUGAGAAGGCACAGUAG